CGACGCACAUCACCUCCAACACCUCCGGCCGCACCACAAACCAGCUCUCGGCAGCAUCCCCGCAAUUGCCAGAUACCACACAUUGCUUGAUACAAUCAUGCUUCUUCUUGACUACCAGAAUGUGCUCAUUGAGUCUCUGCUCAAAGAGCGCUUUGCAGGAGGAGCACCGGUCUCGAUCGAUCAAGUAGUAUCCGACUUUGACGGUGUCACUUUCCACAUUUCCACACCAGAAGUGAAGACGAAGAUCGUUGUCUCGAUAUCAGUCAAGUGCUUUGCGGAGCUAGUCCAGCAUGGCGCUCAGGCAGUCCUUGAGCGGGAAUACGGCCCAUACAUCAUCGCACCAGAAAGUGGUUAUGAUUUCUCGGUCCAGGUGGAUUUGGAGAAUCUACCUGAAGAACAAGAUGCCAAGGAUGAUUUAAUCAAACGCAUAUCUCUAUUGAAGCGCAACGCCAUGGCAGCACCCUUCGAGCAGGCAUUCGACGAGUUCCAACAACUACAAGAGGAAGCUUCCAAAUACACAUCUGAAUCUGCACCACAAGGCGUGAAGGAAGGCGGUGAAGUGCGCGCGAUCCACUACCGUGAGGAGGAAGCUAUCUACAUCAAGGCGAGCCAUGAUCGAGUGACUGUGAUCUUCUCAACCGUGUUCCGGGAAGAGACGGACAGGAUUUUUGGAAAGGUUUUCUUGCAGGAAUUCGUUGAUGCCCGACGACGAGCCAUACAGAAUGCACCCCAGGUACUCUUCCGCAACGAUCCUCCGCUGGAGCUUGAGGGAAUUCCCGGCAUCAACAAUUCUGGUUCCGGAGAGAUUGGCUACAUCACAUUUGUUCUCUUUCCCCGUCACCUGUCAAACCAGAGGAGAGCCGAAGUAAUCUCACACAUCCAAACAUUCCGCGAUUACUUCCACUAUCAUAUCAAGGCUUCUAAAGCGUACAUUCACUCGAGAAUGCGCAAGCGGACAGCUGAUUUCCUUCAAGUUUUGCGAAGAGCAAGGCCCGAAAGCGAGGAGAAGGAACGUAAGACAGCCAGUGGCAGAACUUUCAAAGUACAAUCAUAGAACAUUUGGAAAGAAUUGCUUAGUACAAGCCAACGAUGGGAUUGAAUGGCGACGUUUAGGAGCAACCCGGAGUCGCCGUGCACCUCAAUUUACACAACGCGGCAUCCAACAAAUAGGGAUUCAUUCAGACGGUAGCGCACGAAUGUUAAACAAUGCGGAUCUGCUACACAGAUCUCGACUAGAAUUCAUAAAUAACAU